GAGCGCGGACUAAAAUACCUUAGUAAUGGGGCUUAUCAGGGCAAUUGAUUGAUUGAUUGAUUGUUGGAGGAGGGGCCCGAGAUUUGUCCACAGUAGUACUCCGUAGUAGUGGUACUAGUAGCGCCAUACUCAGUCGGGAAGGAACUGACUUGGGACUCGACUGACUGGUCGCCACCGGACCAGCCGAAUGCAAGGCCCCAAAAAAGUGAGGGGCAACAAGGACCUUCUGACCGCAUCGAACCCGCAGAUUCGCCGUUCUCGACGUUUUCUAGAAGGCUUCGACUGGGGCCCUUGGAGCCAGUUAGCUGCAUUUCAUUGUCCAGACGAUUCUUCUUGGUUUUUGCCGCUCCGAAAUUUUGGGGUGAGGGUUCGAGAUCAGAGAAUUUUUCUGGGGCUGACAUGGCACAUCGGAUGUCGGCAGCAGGGGACACUGAAUUGGGAUUUGUCGAGGGGUCAUGGCCACCGGGAAGAUGGGGAGAGUAGGUGCUACGUCAUAAUCGGCAGUCCGAUAGGGAAAUCGGGUAAAGUCAUAGUGUUGGUGGGAUUGUCCUUAUUAUUGAUUUUGGCCUCUGGGGCAAUUUGCCAAUAAUUAAUGCGACUUUUGGUGGCUUUCUCUUUGAGGGACUCGCAAAGCACAGUCAGUAGUCAGUCAGGCCAGUGUGUUGGCUAAUGGAUGGGG